AUGGCCUUGAAGCGCAAGAACGACCUUGUUAACCCAGAUCCGACAGAAAAAUCUGGGAAGAAGCUCAGAUUGUCUGAAGAGGGCGACGUCGUUGACACGCCAUCAGUUGAAAAUCCACCUUCCUCGAACGCAAAGGGAAAGGAAAAGGCUGGAGAAGAAAACAUGGCUCAGAAGAAGCGCAUUAGGAAACUCGCACCACCGCGACCUUUCCCUCUCGUCCCAACCUCUGUCUCAGUGACUGGACCGCAUUCAGCACACAAGGAAGGCAAAAACUUUAUCUGUAUCAGCCGGAGAAAUGGCCUGGGGGCAUAUUUGCGGCGGUACAAGACGUUGCACUUGAGUGCAAUGGGAGCAGCUAUACCGCUCCUUCUACAGCUGUCAUGCGCUUUGCCACCCAUUCUUCCGUUCUCAAAGGAUGAGAUCCAUACAGAAGUCCUCACAGGGACAUGCGAGGUUCAGGACGAGAUUAUUCCUGAAGAUGAUCAAGAAGACAUCGACAUCCAAUCACGAUUCAAAUCGACCCUUCAAGUCGUCAUACGGAUAGGUGACGGACAAUUCGAAGGGGACACGACUGGCCCAGCGCGCAAGAACCCCAAGUUCAAACACAAGAAAGGGAAGGAAAAGGCCCAGGGGGAUGUAUGGCAUGAGCCGGAGCAGGAAGACGACCUUAUGGAGACCGUAUAACAAUGCAUGGUGCUUUCUCUCA